CGCAUUUCGAGUCCGGCGUGACCGCAUGAGUAUGUCAUGUUGAUAUCUGCUUUGGUUUUUGUUUCCUGCGAAUUCCAUUCAAGGGCGGCUGCUUACACUUUCCUCUAAGUAUAUCGAUUUAAUUUAUUGGCGAAAGUGAAAGGAGGAUUUAUCUGUUGAUUCAUUUCUUACGAGGAUUUUUCCAGGGAGUUGAGAUCCAACUCGAGAGCUUCGAAUCAGUUCGAUCAUGGCGGAUAGUAGGCGUUACGGUUUGGGUAAUCAGUUAGAUAUAGAGCAGAUACUAUUGGAAGCACAAAACCGAUGGUUGCGGCCUGCUGAAAUUUGUGAAAUUCUUCGAAAUUACCGGAAUUUUUGUAUUGCACCAGAGCCUCCAAAUAAGCCUCCUAGUGGUUCGCUUUUUCUUUUUGAUCGGAAGGUGUUGAGAUACUUCAGGAAGGAUGGCCAUAACUGGCGGAAGAAGAAAGAUGGAAAGACUGUGAAGGAAGCUCAUGAGAGGUUAAAGGCUGGAAGUGUUGAUGUGUUACACUGCUACUAUGCCCAUGGAGAAGAGAAUGAAAAUUUUCAAAGACGCAGUUACUGGAUGCUCGAAGAGGACUUCAUGCAUAUUGUUCUUGUACACUACCAAGAAGUUAAGGGAACCAAAUCAACCUUUGGCCGGAUCAGAGAAUUUGAAGAAGUUGUACCGAGCUCCCAGAUGAGCAGUCCUGCAUCUUCUCGUUUUCUCACUAAUCAUACUCAAGUGCCUUCACAAACUACAGAUUCCACAAGCCUUAACAGCAACCAGACCUCAGAAUUUGAAGAUGCUGAAUCUGCGGAUAACCACCAAGCUAGUUCCAGAUACCACUCUUUUUUUGAGCCACAAAAGUCAGAGGACAGGCCUGUGAUGAAUAAGAUGGAAGCUGGGCUCUUGGACUCUUAUUUUCCGGUUCCAUUUCCAAAUGAUUGUCAAGGAAAGCAGCUGGACAUUACUGAACUAGAUUUCCCACUUGCCCAGUUUAGAGAUAGUAAUGAUGCUAAGUUCGGGUCAACAUUUGAGCCCAAACAGCUUGACAUCACAUCCUGGGAAGAUGUUCUGGAACAUUGUACAGUGGGAAUUCCAGUUGUCCCUGUCCAGCCAUCUGUUUCUGCAACACAGUCUGCCGCAAUGGGAGUUAUCUCUAAACAAGAAAAUGUUAUACUAGGCCAGCUUUUAGCAGAUGAGUGUAAACAAGAAAUAUUAGGUCAAUCACAGGGCCAAGAAAAAUGGCAGUUGAAUCAGGUUGCCUCUGAAGAUGAUUCUGGUGACAUGUCUAAAUGGCCUAUGGACAAAAAAUUUCCUACUGAUCUGCCAUAUGAGUUGAGUGCUAGAUUUCAAGAACAAAAAACUCAUUACAUGAAUUUCCCCAACCCCCUGGAGACAUUCUGUACACAUCCUGAUCUGCAAAAUGGGCAUCCUAUGCAUAAUGACCUUCAAAAUAGGCAUUCUAUGCUUUCUGGAGCAGAACUUGGAUCUUAUCUGAAAUCUAACACACAAAAUAAUCUGGCCAUAGAAGAAAACUCCUGCACUGCAAAACGGUCAUCAUUAGAAUGUGCUCAUAGUGAAGAGGGUUUGAAGAAACUUGACAGCUUCACCCGAUGGAUGAACAAAGAACUUGGAGAGGUAGAUGGAUCUCGCAUGCAGUCCAGUUCUGGGGUUUACUGGAGUACUGUUGAAAGUGGAAAUGUAGAUGAUGAUUCCAGCAUGUCCCCUCAAGUGCAGUUGGAUUCCUACUUUUUGAGCCCCUCUCUCUCCCAAGAGCAACUCUUCAGCAUUAUUGAUUUCUCACCAAGCUGGGCGUUCACUGGCUCUGAAACCAAGGUUCUGAUUACGGGAACAUUCUUGAAGGGUCUACAAGAUGCUACAAAAUGUAAAUGGUCAUGUAUGUUUGGGGAAGUGGAGGUUCCAGCAGAGGUAUUAGCUGAUGGUGUUCUUCGUUGCUAUGCUCCUGCUUACAUAACUGGGCGGGUCCCUUUUUAUGUAACAUCCUCCAACAGGUUGGCUUGUAGUGAAGUGCGAGAAUUUGAAUACCGAGUGAAGAAUACUCAAGAUGUAGAUAUUCCAGAUGUCUACAGUGGCUUCAACAACGAAAUGGUUCUGCAUGUACGACUUGGAAAACUACUGUCACUGGGAUCUUCCAGUAGAAGAAAUUCUUCCUCAAGCGGAGUUGCGGAGAACCCUCAUAUGAGCAAUAAAAUCAGUUCUUUAAUGAAAGAGGACGAUGAUGAAUGGUUCCAUAUGGUAAACCUUACCACAGAGGAAGACUUUUCCCCAGGUCAGGUCAAGGAGCAGCUGCUUAUGAAAUUACUGAAAGAAAAGUUGCAUGCCUGGCUUCUUCUUAAAGCAAUUGAAGAUGGUAAAGGUCCUAGUGUCUUAGAUAACGAAGGCCAAGGUGUGCUACAUUUGGCCGCAGCUCUUGGUUAUGAUUGGGCCAUAGCACCAACUGUAGCUGCAGGUGUUAAUAUCAACUUCCGUGAUGUGAAUGGAUGGACUGCACUUCAUUGGGCAGCAUUCUUUGGCAGAGAACGCACAGUUGUUGCCCUCCUUUCUUUGGAAGCAGCUCCUGGAGCAUUAACAGAUCCUACUCCCAAAUAUCCUGCUGGUAGAACACCUGCAGACCUGGCUUCUGGGAAUGGGCAUAAAGGGAUUGCUGGUUACCUGGCAGAAUCUUCCUUGACCAGCCACCUUUCGUCCCUUACUUUGAAGGAUCCAAGCGAUGGUAAUGUUCCAGGAAAUUCAGAGAUAAAUGCAGUACAAACUAUUUCAGAGCGGACUGCUACUCCAGUGACUGCUGGUGAUGUGCCUGAAGGACUAUCAAUGAAAGAUUCACUUACUGCUGUCCGUAAUGCCGCUCAAGCUGCUGCUCGUAUUCAUCAAGUCUUUAGGAUUCAGUCCUUCCACAGAAAGCAGUUAAUUGAAUAUGGUGAUGAUGAAAUUGGAAUGUCCAAUGAGCGUGCACUCUCACUGAUAACUGUCAAGACGCAUAAGCCAGGACUGCCUGAUGAGCCUGUGCAUGCUGCUGCAAUCCGGAUACAGAACAAAUUCCGUGGUUGGAAGGGGAGAAAAGAAUUUUUGAUAAUCCGGCAGAGAAUUGUGAAGUUACAGGCCCAUGUGAGGGGGCAUCAGGUGAGGAAACACUUUAGAAAGAUCAUCUGGUCGGUCGGAAUUGUGGAGAAAGUAAUUUUGCGCUGGAGACGGAAGGGAAGUGGAUUGCGUGGAUUCCGGUCAGAAGCACUUACUGAAGCUCCAAAAAGCGGCCCGUCAAAAGAAGACGAUUACGAUUUUCUGAAAGAAGGCAGGAAACAGACAGAGGAAAGGUUGCAGAAAGCACUUGACAGGGUGAAGUCCAUGGUUCAGUAUCCAGAAGCAAGAGAUCAAUAUCGUAGGUUACUGACUGUUGUCACCGAGUUCCAGGAGACUAAGGUUGCAAAUUAUAGUGUUCUAAAUAGUUCAGAAGAAGCAGGUGAUGGAGAUGUUGACUUGAUUGAGCUUGAAGCGUUACUGGAUGAUGACACAUUCAUGCCUACAGCAUGAUAAGUAUCCUUCGCUGCUGCUGUUCUUGUAAAAUUUGGUUUCCUUCACUGUAUAUUAUUUUUCCGUUUCAUUAUGUUUUUGUUUAAUGUAACUGGUGCUCAUCUGUCUGUAUAGAAGUCCAUCUAAUCAUCUGAUAGAAUCAGCUUGGUUUUUGCUUUGUU